GACCCGGCCUCGAGUCGAGCCACGUGCAAGUACAGCGGCGGCAUGGAAGGCCCCUCAAGUGGCCAGACGUCGGCGCACGCCGUCGCCAUGACCACGGUCGACUCGUACGUUCACUUGGGCCAGUACCCGACGGCCCCCGGUUCCUGGAACGCGCACCGGUUCGCGGACCAGUUCAACCAGGACCGGUUCCGGGGCUGUUUCGGUGGCCGCGACGAACUGGACGCGGCCAGCGGCCUCAUGGGCAGCCCCGUAGAACGGCAAGGAACGGCGGUGGAUCACCUGUACCGGAACCACAACUACGGGGCGGACUUCCGGUUUCGUUCCCCCGCUCCGGGAGGCUUCGUGGACGCCGACGGUUACUGUUCCGCACGGGCCCCCGCGACCCUGCUGGGUCCCGUGUUCUCUCACGUGGUCCAGGCGGGUCAGGAUCCGUUCGGUCAGGGGUCUCAGAUGGUUGAUGCGACGCCGGGGUCCUGCGCUUACGGGACUGCGCAAGCCUUGGCGGGUCACUUCUUGUCGCCGAGGUAGCACCGUCGCUUCCUUUCGUCUUCUGAGCCUCCUCGACCGACGACCUCAACUUCAAGUGGUGUGGCGUGUCCUCCGUCAGGAUGUCUGGUGUUCACUAUCGGUGCUAGUGACUGCGACGCGGCCCAGCAACGAACGGGCCGGACAAGACAAGCGUGAUUCUUCAUCCACCAUUACGCUUCUUCGGGGCAUCGAAGACAUC